AUGUAAAUGGAUCAAUUGCAACAUUCUACUCCACUACAUGGUGAGGAAACAGAUAUUUAGAAAGGAAAGGAAGUAAAUUUAAUAGUUUUCCCAAAAAAAUUUCUAAAUCCACUUAGUACUUACAGAAUGAAAGGAGUAUCUUAAUUAUAUGAUGAUAUUUAAGGACUUCCAUCUAUUUGCAGAUGCUCGCCACAUUAGAUAGCAUGAAAUGCUUAAAACUGGUAUCAGUUGUCAAAAUCCUUAUAAAAAAAUUUCCAAAAUUCUUUUAGAUUAAUCUGCUGGGGUGAUCAAAUUGUGCUACACUCAACUUGAUUUUUCUGAAACCCCUUGGGAAUAUGUAGCCAAAAGAUUAUAAAGUUUUGGCGAUGUUUAAAUGAAUGAAUUGAGUGAAUAUAUCAAGAAGUAUUAUGAAUAACUAAACUCUGGUUUAAAAUAGGAAGAAACUGAAUUUGUAUAUCAUAACAAUUUAUCAAAAUUAUUUUAGAUUCCCAUAGACAAUUACAGAUCAUUUGGAUCAUAUCAAUAUAAAUAUUUGAAGGGCUUAAAUCAAUUUUUUAUCUCAGGUUUGAUAUUGGACAUCAAAUUAGUGGAAGAUUUAGGAUAUUCAGUACAAUACUUUGUUGAAUCCUGCAUGAAAAUAGGAAUUCCAGAGUACAAAAAUUUAUUAAUAAAUGUCAAGAAUAUCUUUAUAACCUGGGUGCUCAAAUGCCGAUUACUACAAAAACGUUAUGGAGUUUGCCAAACCUUUGAUUAAACCAACAGAGGAAUAAGAUUUUUAUUUGUACUCUCCCCUCUACCCAUAAGUAAGAAAUUCUUGCUUAUUUUAUUAGGGCCUAAAAUGUGAUGUAUCUUUUUCUGUGACUAAAGAUCAUUCUGAAGCAGAGAGUGACACACUCAUUAACUUUAAUUUUUAUUUAAAUUACUAGCCUUCAUUACGUAAUAAUCAAGCUAUUAUGCCUAAUAAGAAAUUAAAAUCUCAAAAUUGCAUCUCACAUUAUUAUGAACUCAUGGAUUAUCAUUAUUCGAGGUGCGGGUUUAAAAAGACUAAGCUAAUUUGAGU